AUGCGCAAAACCUUUUCGCCCUGGCAACCAAUAAACAAGAUGGCGGCCGAUGAGGUUUGUAGCGUGGCUGCCGAGCUGGUUCAACUAGCCAUAUCCCAGAGCGUGGAGGAGCUGACAGAGAAUAAGAGCAGUACAUCAAACGUAUCAUGGCCCAGCAGUGGAGAGUUUACUGUCGAAGGCGGCCAAAGAGCUGUAGAAAAGACUGUGCAGGAAUGGAAGCUCAGUGAGAGUUGGAAGCACUGUAUUGACUACCUGGGGACCACACCAGGUGGAGUAAUGCUGGGAAGAAGAGAAAGAGGAGUGGAUGAGCUCCACUGCUAUAGAGUGCAGUGGAGCGAGCCCACUCGCUGUAAACCGGUGCCAACAACAACGGCUUCCGUAUACUUCUUUAUCUAUUGCCAACAGGGCACCCAGCAAAGCAAGCACCAGAGCCAAGUGCAGGUUUUCUACGUGCUCGAGGGCCAGAGACUUGUUCAUAGGCCCGAGAGGAGCUGCUUCCAAGAGAUAUGGUUACGCAACAUUAUUCAACACAAACUGUCGGUUGUUGUCACUACAACACCAGGGUGGGCUCCAAAUAGAACCACAGACACAAUCACCUAAAGUAAUGUACACUCUGCCGUACUGUGUCGUCUGCAUGUAUAAACUGUCAAUUGUUGAAACCAUGAAAAUAAACAAGGUUAAGCUACACACAGGUACACAACACAACACAACACACACACACACAAUGCAUACACAGUUAACACCAUGUUGAGCCACUUGCAUACAACAACAAUAUUAGCACCAGCCGUGUCACAAGGGCGUUUUAGUGGGUUUACAUUGGGGGGACAAAAUGUGGAGGAAGCAAACGGGAACAUAUCAACAGUCCUGGUCUGCAUAUCAGCGAGCUACGGUUCGAGCGAGUCCUUCUGAGAGGUACAUCUUUCCCUCGGUUGUAGUGGUAUAGAUGGGGGCUCGUCGGUAGUGCUGUAUUAGCUCAUCCAUAGAGUCAAACUUGCGCUGUCCGAUGCCUAGUCUGCCGUCUGGGAGAUUCUUGACGUUGAAAUGCUUGAUUCGGUCCGGGGCCUUCAUGGAUAUAGAAUAAUCACCGGGCUUUGUUUCACUACUCCUAACAAUGAACUGCCCAUGGGCGGCUCUCUGAUUCAGCAGCGUCUCGGCCUCCCUCCGUGCGACUCGACCGUGGUACCACACCUCGUGUGCAAACGGUGGCGGAGGGUGUGAGCUAAAAGGCAGCGAAGCCUGCGCUGAUUUAUGUUGUCCGGCACCACUACCCCCUCCACCCGAACCAAACACUGGUUCGGCAUCGUGGACAAUUUCGACGUAGUUUCUUGGUAUGAGCCCGGUCUGUCCGUUGGCCUUCCGAGCCUCCCACCAAUCAGGGUCGUCCUCCGGUUGGUCUACGAUGUCUAGGAGGUCUCCUUUUUGAAACGUUAGCUCCUCAGGGUUCCCCGAGUUGAACGAGUACAGUGCAAUGACACCGCAGACAAAUUUCUUCUCUCGUUGAGGGGGCAGAGCUUUCUCUGGUUCCACCUCUGCCACGCCCACUUCCUCGACAUAAUUGUAGGGGAACCACCCGAUUUUUGCACCACAGCGUCCUUUCCACCAACCGUCUGCCUCCUUUUCCAUCACGAUCACUUCGUCACCUUUCUCCAGACUCAACUCGUCUUCCCUGCUCCCCUGGUAACGGUACUUUGCUUUGGCUGUGAUGUUGAGGGAAGGACCGUUUGCUCUGUUCAUCAUAAGGUCAGGCUGGUGGUACAUGUGCGCUGGCUCGUCCGCUUUCAGGUCAGUUCGUCCAGAACUGGGAGCCGGGGUAGGGGCGGGUCCCUUUCCUGGCGGGUACAGAUAGUUGGACGGUAUGAGCCCGCUCUGUCCUUUGUCGUUGACCACUUUCCACCACAGGCCCGAAGAGUCGAGCACCGUGAGCGUCUCGUGUUUGACGAUGUCCAGCUCUUCGCUGUCCUUGGCCGCGUAGUCGUAGCAUACCACUCUUCUCUGUUCCGCCGCCAUAGCUAUACCUCGUCAGCGUGCCUCCUCCUCUCUCUCUGUCGUGCUGCGUCUCUCGAGUUGGCUUCGUCCACUUGUCGGUAGGCUCGUGCUGCUAGCUAGCAAUGCUGUGGUCCGGAGGCUAUGCAACAACAAGAUGGCUCGCCAAGCAUGAAGCUACAGUCCAGCGAGCUAGCGCAAGAGCAUGCAACGGCCGUAUACGGACUCCGC